GGUCAUCUGCCGAUUAAUACAAUUGACGGAAAAGGACUGAUUAGGCAUAACAAACAUAAAUCAAAGACCUUCACCGCUUAUAAUUAUAUUCCCUUUGUUAUGGAACUUGUAGGAUUAUGAAUAUCUUACGAAUUUAAACCGGAAACUCUGAGCAGAAGAGGAUGAAUAAUUUUAGUGAUGACGUCAGAAGACUAAACGAUGAAGCCGUGCAAACAAUUAUUCCGGCGAUCAUUUUCGUCGCCAUCCUUAUGGUCGUUGGCUUUGUCGGAAAUCCAGCUAUUGUCUACUUUUAUGGUUUCAAAUUGAGACCGACUCCCUCCUACAUGUUUAUUGUGGCGUUAGCGGUAUUUGAUUUUAUUGCUUGUGUGGUUUCCAUGCCUAUGGAACUUGUUGAUCUGAUUCGAUUCUACACUUUUGAAAAUGCCGCAGCAUGCAAAGUUUUGCGAUUCGUUAACUAUUUCAUGGCUAUAUCAAGUGGGCUGAUUCUUCUUGCCAUUGCAGUGGAUCGUUAUAGAAAAAUUUGCAAGCCUUUUGAAUCCCAGUUAAGCUUUAAAAUGGCAAAGAUUAUAAUAUCAUGUGUUCUUUUUGCGUCUUUAUGUAUUUCAUGGCCCAGUCUUCUGUUUUAUACCGUUGUGCAAGUCAAUCUUACAGAAAUUGAUGGGGCAGUGGGGCAAGACUGUACAACGAAGCGAGACGAUUCUUACAAAUUCUAUAUAGCUAUAUACAAUGGGAUUUUAUUUCUGAUCUUCAUUAUAUGCAACACCUCUUUAAUCGCACUGUAUUGCCGGGUUGGAAAAAAGAUUUUCAAACUCCGAAGCUUUCGAUUUUAUGCGCAACGGAAGAGAAAAAUUUCUACCGCGCAACCUCAAAGUAGCACCUUGCAAAAUACAGAAGAAACAGAUGGUCUUGGAUCUAAGAUGAGUUCAAGUUUCACAAAAAAUCCUAAUUUGGAUGACCUUUCCACGCCAAACAGAAGGGAUAGUGGUCGAUCCAUUGUAGGUGCAACUUUGGAAUUAAUGACGAAAAAACUGGUGACAUCACCAGAGGACAUUAAAAUCGAUACCUCGAAUCCUUUCAAUGGAGGAGGAAAUUCUGGGACUGUUAAUUACCCUUUAGAAUUGAAUGUAUUAUUGGUUCCAUCUCGAUCCAAUGCGGCUUUAUCCGAUCAAACCUCAACAAAUGGCAUUAAUACAAGAGAUGAAUCUAUCAAAACAAAAACAAUGUUGGGACAAAAUCAAGUACAAUCAUCACCAGAGGAGGAUGGGUCCAAACGUAAAGGUGAAAUUAAUGAAGCAAAAUCCAUCAAAAUUGUAGACCAGAAGAAAAUGAGUACUCACAGCAUUAAGACAAGACAGUACACGGUUAUCAUGCUGUCAAUUACUGUUGCUUACGUCAUAAGUUUCUUACCAUACUUAUGUCUUGUAACGUGGAGAACAGUAGCAAAAGGCUAUGAACCAAACCUGCUUUCAAAAUCGGAACUGGUGGCAUUUCAAAUUUUUUUGCGAUCAUUUUUGAUCAAUAAUGCAGUAAAUCCAUUGAUAUAUGGGUUUCUGAAUACUGAAUUUAGGCAUUUUAUCUUUGCAUGUUUUUGUUGUUGGGCUAGACGUAAAAAUAGAUAUCAUGGAAGUCCUCGUCGUAAAAAUAGUGGUCACUAAAGGUCUUUGUGAUAAUUAUUUGUCUCUGAAGUCUCUAAAAUUCUAUACAGUGAAUUCUUUUAUCAUGAAAAAUGUUGUAAAUUAUUCAUGAAAAUAUUGGAAACAUUUUAAAGAUGUUUAAAUAAUUUUGUAAAUAAACUUUGUGUGUGAUAGAAAUAUAUGUUUCCUAAUCCGAACUGAAGUUCUCAAAUAGGUCUCUUUUAAUUUGUAA